CAAAACAAAACGAAUCAAAACCCCGCACGCCUCUUCAAACACCCUAAUCCCCUCCCUAAACCCCCAACUCCACUCGCCCACAAUGCAGGCCACACUCAAACCCCAAACCCCACGCGCCGCCUUCCUCAUCCCCAGACCCACCACCAAAAAUGUCCCCCACAACCACCAUAGAAGACUCUUCACCAUCCGAGCCACCUUAACCCAACAGCAGCAGCUGGAUCAGGAGGUGAAGAAGACUAUGAAGCUGAACAAGUACAGUGGUCGCAUCACAGAACCCAAGUCCCAAGGUGCGUCCCAAGCCAUGCUCUUAGGCGUGGGUCUCUCCGAAGAGGACCUGUCCAAACCUCAAGUGGGUAUCUCCUCCGUGUGGUACGAGGGUAACACUUGUAACAUGCAUCUCCUUAAACUCUCCGAAGCUGUCAAAGAAGGUGUACGACAAGUUGGGUUGGUACCUUUCAGGUUCAACACCAUUGGUGUCAGUGAUGGUAUCUCCAUGGGGACCAGAGGCAUGUCGUUUAGCCUUCAGUCCAGAGACCUCAUUGCUGAUAGUAUUGAGACUGUGAUGAGUGCACAGUGGUACGAUGCCAAUAUCUCCAUUCCUGGUUGUGACAAGAACAUGCCUGGUACAAUUAUGGCAAUGGGUCGGCUUAAUCGACCAAGUAUCAUGGUUUAUGGUGGAACUAUCAAGCCUGGUCAUUUUCAAGGCAAUACUUAUGAUAUAGUGUCUGCAUUUCAGUGCUAUGGAGAAUAUGUAAGUGGAUCCAUAACUGAAGAGCAGAGGAAGAAUGUAAUCCGUAACUCCUGCCCUGGGGCAGGUGCUUGCGGUGGUAUGUAUACAGCCAAUACCAUGGCCUCUGCUAUUGAAGCUAUGGGGAUGUCUAUUCCUUACAGCUCUUCGACACCUGCUGAAGAUCCAUUGAAGUUGGAUGAAUGCCGUUUAGCUGGAAAAUACCUUUUGGAAUUACUAAAAAUGGACUUGAAACCACGAGAUAUUAUCACUCCAAAAUCCUUACGUAAUGCAAUGGUUAUUGUCAUGGCACUAGGUGGCUCUACAAAUGCUGUUUUACACUUGAUUGCUAUUGCAAGGUCUGUUGGUCUGGACUUAACUCUUGAUGAUUUUCAGAAGGUCAGCGAUGAGGUUCCAUUUCUUGCAGAUCUUAAGCCUAGUGGAAAAUAUGUCAUGGAGGAUGUACACAAGAUUGGAGGAACACCUGGAGUCAUUCGCUACCUUUUGGAGCUUGGAUUUUUAGAUGGGGAUUGUCUGACUGUUACUGGGAAGACUCUGGCUGAAAAUGCAGCAAGUUUCCCUCCCUUGGCCACAGGGCAGGAUAUAAUAAGACCUGUGGAAAACCCCAUAAAGAAAACAGGCCAUAUCCAAAUAUUAUAUGGAAAUCUUGCACCAGAUGGUUCCGUAGCAAAAAUCACUGGAAAAGAGGGGCUUUAUUUCUCUGGCCCUGCUCUUAUCUUUGAAGGAGAGGAAUCUAUGAUCGCAGCUAUCUCAAAGGAUCCUUUGAGUUUUAAGGGAAAGGUAGUUGUUAUUAGAGGAGAGGGGCCUAAGGGGGGACCGGGCAUGCUUGAAAUGCUAACACCAACAAGUGCAAUAAUGGGAGCAGGUCUUGGGAAGGAUGUUGCUUUGUUGACGGAUGGUAGGUUUUCAGGAGGUUCACAUGGAUUUGUUGUUGGCCACAUAUGCCCUGAAGCACAGGAAGGUGGUCCAAUUGGUUUAAUUGAAAAUGGAGACAUCAUCAACGUUGAUGUUCAGAAUAGGAGAAUAGAUGUUCAGAUAACAGAUGAGGAGAUGGAGAGGCGAAGAAAGCAAUGGACUCCGCCUGCUUACAAGGCCAAGAGUGGAGUUCUCUACAAGUACAUCAAGAAUGUACAGCCAGCUUCAAGGGGAUGUGUGACUGAUGAGUAGUAGAGAGGACAUAUGAUCGAUGCCAUAUAGAGUGUGCACAGCAAGCUUGAAUUAGUACGGUGCCAUAAAACUGCAUCAGGUACCAUAUUGCGGCUUCUUUAGGGUAUCUAUCUAGCUCUAGGUUGUCAAUUUCAUUGUGUUUUUUAAUUGUCUUGAGAACUAGUUAUUCUCCCCCUUUUUCCGGGCAGUUGAGGAGUUUUAUUUUUGUGUGGUUUUUGCUUAUUGCGUUUAUGGUUUUUUCCCCUAAGUAUGGAUUUUGUAUUCACUUGCUUUGAAGCUGAUCAAUUUCAUUGCUUUGUGAA